ACAGUUUUCUUCCAACCAUUUUGACAUUUAAUAAAAAUCUAAUAAAUAAAAAGAGAAGAGCAAAUAUUUUGCAGAAUUCUUUAACUUAGAUUCCUAAAAUAGUUUGGUGCCGAAUAAAUAAGAAUCAGAAUGUCCAUAAGUGUGAAUUGAAAUAUUAAAAUUAAGAUUCAGUGUUCGUAAAAGUGGUUUUGUGUUACAUAUUUAGGGAGUUACUGUUAACUCCGGCUUCAUUUUGAUCAGUAAUGCUGUCGACUCGGUUAGCACUGCGUGAAGAAGAUGUGGUUCGGUUAUCGCUGGAAUUCUUACAUAAUCGUGAGCUGCAUAUCUCACAAUUAUCGAUCGAACGUGAAACUGGUGUAAUAAAUGGCCAAUUCUCGGACGAUAUCCUUUUUUUACGACAACUGAUUUUGGACGGCCAGUGGGAUGAUGUCAUUGAGUUCAUUCAACCGUUGGAGGCGCUGCAGGCUUUUGACAUGAAACGGUUUCGAUACUCAAUUUUAAAACAUAAAUUUAUCGAAUUGUUAUGCAUAAAAUCGGAAGCAGGAGGUGCAUUAAUCGCAGCUGGACAGGGUUUAAAUUCGGUUGACGGUGCCGUUGAAGAAGUGGUUCAAGUAUUAGAAGAAUUGGAAAAAUUGGCACCGACAAAAGAAGAGUACUCUGGAUUGUGUCUAUUGUUGACAUUGCCACGACUAGCCGACCAUUUACAGUACCGAAAUUGGAAUCCGUCGUUUUCAAGGGUGCAAUGUUUUCAAGAUGUUUUUCCGCUGGUGGAAAAAUUUCUGGUUGGCGAGAAGAAAACUCCCACCGUCAGUGCAUCGAAAAACGAUCGACUCAUACAGCUUGUGAUAAAGGGAGUUCUGUACGAAUCUUGUGUGACAUACUGCCAAGCCAAGGCAACUGGAACAGCCGAAGGUUCAGCACAGGAGAUGACAUUUUCCAAAUUACUCGAUGGUUCGGCUGGCUUUAGUGACUCAGAUCUUUCGCUACUAAGCUGGCUGCAGAGCAUACCAGCAGAAACGUUUUCAGUGCCCUUCGAACAAAAAACACUCAAUGUUGACGUGGAAAGAUUGGAACGACCUUCCUUGGAAACGUCCUGGACGGAACACAUGCUAAUUACUCCAAUUAAGCCAAAAACAUUUCCACAUUCAGUAAUGCCGUUCACCAGACCCAGAAGCGCUGCGGAUAUUAUGACACGCUCUCUUUUACCUACACUCGAUGGUCUUCCAUAUGGACUAAGUAUGACAAAUCAAAGUCAAACAAACGCUGAUGGUAGCGCAAUGUCCAGAUCCAGUUUUGCCAGUUUUCAUUUGACUGGCAUUAAGCCAAGUUCCGGAAAAUUAAUGACUUCCAGUGUUGACCGGUUAUUUGAGAAUGAUGGCGAGCCAUUUAUCAGUGGCAAAUUUAAUGACUUCAAUCAGGGUCUCUCAUCGAUCCAAGAAAUUGCAUCGGUUCAAUCGAAAUCACCCGAACCCAAUUUCCAACAUCUCUAUCCAAAACCAUUAUCAUUAGCUGAACAAACCGGCCGUGAGAGUCCCAGCACUACACCAUCAACUGCUAAAAGUUCAAGACGUGAUUCGUUGAGCGAACGUGUUAUUGUGCCUAGUCAAAUUCAACAGAUGAUCCAUCCGCCACAUCCACCGAUUACGAAUUUGCCGGUUCGGAAUGCAACUGUGCUGAGUGAAACAGAUUCGGUGGCUCGAAACAGCCCAACAAUACCUGCUGCUGCUGCUGCUAAUACAAACGGUGGAGAAUUAUUCGAAAAGUUCCAACGGCAGAAGCUCAAUCGGGAAAAUGGCAAUGUUAAUGGAAGCAGAUCACAUCAAUCAAAUGACAAUGUCCAAACAGCCAACAACAAAUCAAAUUGUGAUAUCGAACCGUCAAUAUUAAAAACAGAAUCUUCUCAAUUGAAUGGGCGUUCUAAUGCAGAUGAGGUCACUUCACAAAACGACCCGAGUCGACCACGAUUUGUUGCAGUCACAGCUCUAGAAGAUGUCCAGGCAGUACGGUGUGCCGAAUUCCAUCCGAAUGGUCAAGUUUAUUCAGUGGGUUCAAAUUCGAAAACGUUCCGAAUAUGCGAAUACCCAUCGUUGUCCGAGGUUCGGGAAGAUCAUACUACGUUCCAACCAACGGUUCUGUUUAAACGGACAAAACACCAUAAAGGUUCGAUUUAUUGUAUGGCCUGGUCACCGCAGGGUGACUUGGUGGCUACAGGAUCGAAUGACAAAACGGUGAAACUGAUGCGAUAUAAUGAAGUAUUAAAGCAAUUGGAGGGUAAAGAAACCGAGUUGACGAUGCAUGAUGGUACAGUUCGGGAUCUAUGCUUUUUGGAAGACAGCACAAACAAAACAAGCCUAUUGAUCAGCGGUGGAGCUGGUGAUUGCAAAGUUUAUGUAACAGAUUGUGCGACAGCAACGCCAUUCCAAGCAUUAAGCGGACACGGUGGUCAUAUUCUAUCCUUAUAUAAUUGGGGCGGUGCAAUGUUUGUAUCAGGAUCACAAGACAAAUCGGUUCGUUUCUGGGAUUUGCGAACAAGGGGAUGUGUAAAUACCGUCACUCCAGCUACGGUUCCAGGAUCAAGACAAGGCUCACCAGUCGCCGCUGUAUCUGUGGACCCAUCAGGAAGGUUAUUAGUUUCGGGCCAUGAAGACAGCUCAUGUGUUCUGUACGAUAUACGCGGCAAUCGACCGAUUCAGUGCUUCAAGCCGCAUGCUUCCGACAUCCGAUCGAUUCGUUUCUCUCCGUCGGCAUACUAUUUACUAACGGGCGGUUACGAUAAUAAACUUGUAUUAACGGAUCUUCAAGGUGAUUUAACGAUGCCAUUACCAUCCGUUGUUGUUGCACAGCACAGUGAUAAAGUCAUAUCGGGUCGAUGGCAUCCGACAGAUUUCUCCUUCUUGUCGACGUCUGCAGAUAAAACAGCAACAUUGUGGGCAUUGCCACCAAUAUGAAAAUGUUUAUAGUAUUUCAAUGCCUGUCCUACCCAUCACACAACGAGAUCUUUCUUCUUUUUAUAUUUUUUUUUUUUUGUUAAAUUUGUUUCACUUUAACCACAUUGACAUCACUCGCUUGCAAGUGAUCGAGAUUGCAACCAAAAAGAAUCCAAUUCUCGAAUCUCAUUUUUCAAAAAGUUUCGGUUCAGAUCGCUGGACAUUGGACACAUUGUCCCUUUUUUUUAAUUUGCUACCCUUCGCUAAAUGUAAUUUUGUGACUCUUAUGCUGCAGCUGUACACUUACGCUUAAAACUCUUAUCACAAACAAAAAAUUACUAAUAUUUAUUAAUUGUUGUAAUGUACGCUUUUUUAUGACCUUGUUAUGUUUUGUUAAAUCAAUAAAACACCAACAAAGAUGCUGCCGAACAAGAAAAAAUGUUCCAAACGGUUCUAUGACGAUUCGGAACGAUUUUGACGUCAGUAUCUUUAAAUCCAUUCUUUUAUAAACUCGUUUUUGUAUCAUGAUGUGCCCUUAAUUUAUUCACUAAGAGAUUUUUUAUUAGAAUCAUUUCUGUUUGUAGUUAUAACAAAACAUAUGAAACGACACCACCCAACACACCCAUACAGACACAUCUCAUUACUCAUUCAUACACAUUAUCAUUUAACUCUCGUUUUUUAAAUACAAAAAGUGUAAAAUUUCUGAUCGAACAAAAUUUUCAAUUAACCUUUUGCAGACUGCUAUGUGAUGAUAGAUGAACUCCCGUUAAUUCGAAUUUACCUUAUUUCAAAUGAAGUAGAAUUUUAGUCGAUCUGUUGAAAGUGGAUCAAAAGGAGUAGUAGAUUCGAUGAGCUUCGAUGACUUAACUAAUGUUUUCGACAAUGAUGGCUUGUGGACCAAGUUGUGAAAUGUUGAUUUUUUCAGCACUUAGUUCUAAGUUUUCUUAUACAAGUUAAGCGAGCGUUUUUAUACGCUCAAAUGAAUAGUAUGAAUGGUAUGCAUUGUGACACAUUUAAGUAUUUGAAAACUUUUACUAUGUCAAAUGUACCGAAUCAGUCGUUGCCUCAGUUACAAUUCACUUCUGGAACGAAUCCUUAUGUCACAAAAUGAUUGAAAUGUUGAAAUCAACGGGGAACAAUUUUUAUUUUCCAUUGUCGGUGAAUUCUGGUGUACAAGUAAAUCAAAUUGCAGACGACAAUGUUAUCUAAAGACUGUUUAUAGUCACAAAAAUUUAAGCAAUGUGUUUCUAAUCUAGCAAAAUUUGUAUCAAAACGAAUAAUAAAUUUAUCAAUUGUAUCAAUCCACUGAAAAAACUUAGAUAGAAAGAGGUCAACCGAUUUGGGAUUCGAUUGUUUAUACUGGGAACAUGGGCCGUCUGUGAAAAGUUAACUGAAAAACUAAUUUAUUUCUUUUAUUUUUGUAUUGCAAAAUGAUUUCUGUAUUGUUUUUUAUACACUAAGCAUUCUCAAAAUUUUGUAAAAAUUAUUUUUUAAAUCAAAUUUAUAUUAAUUUUUGCAUUAAUAUCAAAUGAAUUAAUAAACGAACAAUUUAUAUUAUGAAUGUAAUCAUCCA